AUGACAACACGUUUGCGAGAUUUUGCGGCCAUGUCUGUGGUCCAGUUCUUGGGGAUGUCUCGUGAUGCUGUGGAGCAUCUCUCAUCAGACUUGGAAAAAGACAUAUCCGUACACUCGGCUUUGAGACAAGUCAAUCAGUAUCAGCUGAUUGAGGAUCCUCUCUCACAAACAUUUCUGGCUGAGCACGAGUUCUUCUUCGGAGAUACCGCAGAUACCCUGAGCACAAAAUAUCUGUAUGAUGGAUACUUUGAGAUUGAUACUUCACCGGCUUCUGACAAAAUACCAGUGCUUGGAUACACUAAGAUGUUAGAUAUGAUCGUACAGAACUCUCCGACGGAAGCUUCACUACAUAUCCUCCUGGACCAGGAAGUCACGGGUGUGGAUGUUCAAGAAGACAAGCGCGUGGUCAUCAAAUGUAGGAAUGGUCAGACUUACCAGGCGGGUGCUGUUAUCGUGACGUUACCACUGGGGGUUUUGAAAGCGAAUGACGUCAAAUUCACGCCAGGUUUAUCCCCGAAAAUGAAGGGGGCAAUAAAGAGAGUUGGAAUUGGCACGGUAAACAAGCUUGUGGUAGAAUUUAACCAACGAGUCUGGCCCAACAAAACACAGCAGAUAACUGUGGCGAUGCGAGAUAGUGCUGAUCAAGGCAAGUUUUCCAUUCUGACGAGUUUCCAGGCCAUUGUGAAAAAGCCUGUAAUAGUGACUUAUGCUGUCAGCCAGAUUGGAAAACAGAGCGAGACGCUAAGUGAUGCCGAGCUUAAAGACAUAGCUCUAAGUCGCCCAAACACAUCAUUUGGCACGGCCCUAGACAAUGUAACUGUUGUGAAUAUUUCUGGCACGAAAUGGAAGAGUGACCGGUUCUCCAGAGGGUCGUAUUCAUUCCCAGCUUUAGUUGUUACAGAGACUAGCACACGCCAGUGUACACCAUUCCCCAUGCUGUGA